AUGGUGAGUCCACCAGAAGAGCCUAAAUUUCUUAAAGCUAUCGAAGUAAGAUGUGGAUCAUGUUACUCUAAACUGGAUCAAACCGGAAUUGAUGGUGGUGAAGAAAUCCUAGGUUACAUUGUUGAAAUGAGAGGAAAAAUGGAUUCAAUUUGGACUCAAUGCGUAAGAACUGAAGCUGGCGAAAAUGAAGUUAGAGUAUGUCAACCGGAUGUUGUCGAAGGCCGCCAAUACUAUUUCCGGGUAUUAGCUUUCAAUAAAGCUGGAAACGGAAAACAUAGUGAACCUACGACAUUAAUUCUCGUUGAAGAUGCAAUCGUUGCGCCAAGUUGCAGCCUAGAUGAGACAAAGCGUCAUAUCACUGUCGUUGAGCAAGAAACUAUUCACAUUCGUGUGCCAAUAUUUGGAGCUCCUGUUCCAACUGUUGCGUGGAUUAGAUCUAGAGAUGAAAAAGUUCUCAAAAGAGAUGAUAGAACGGAAUUGGAAUCUGGAUCUACAUAUGCUUUGUUAAGAAUCAAAUCAAGCGCAAGAACAGUCGAUGCUGGUGACUAUAAACUUGUACUUCAGAAUCCAGAAGGUGAAGCUGUAUGCCACUUAACAGUGUCUGUAUAUGGCAAGCCCAGUCAAGUGUUCAAUGUGAGAACCAGUGAAGUAACUGCUUCUUCCUCUUACCUAUCGUGGGAGGCGCCUUCUGAUAAUGGCGGUUCACCUAUCACUGCUUAUAUUGUUGAAAAGCGAGAAAACGAUAGAAAAGCAUGGACUAAAGUCACAGAAUCAGUUGUUGAAGAAUGCAGUGUAACUGAUCUCCGAAAAGGCAAAACUUACGUUUUUCGUGUUUGUGCUACUACUGCUUAUGGUAAAGGACCUUAUUCUGAAUUGUCUCAACCUAUUACUGCUGAGGAUGCUAUUGAACCACCGAAUGCUCCAACAAAUCUUGUUUGUUCGAAUGUUAAAAUGGAUUCCGUCACUUUGUCUUGGACAUCACCGGAAUCUGAUGGAGGGGCAAAGAUCAUCCAUUACAUCAUCGAGGUAAGAAGUGAAGAUGAUGAUGAAUAUGAGUUCGAUCAUUCUACUGAUGGACCUAAAACAAAAACUGUUGUCAAAGAUUUGGAGACUGAUAUGAACUGGCAGUUUAGGGUUAGUGCUGUUAACAAAGAAGGAUCUGGUGAGGCUUCAGAACCAACUGAAUACAUCCUUGUGCAGGACGAAAAAGCUUUACCUACUGUUGUUCUCGAGUAUGGGGCUGGAGAGGAAUAACUGUAAGAGCUGGUGAACCUGUUGACAUUGUUGCAAAGGUGACUGGACGGCCGGCCCCAGUCAUCAGAUGGACAUGUAACAAUGUACCAGUCAUUCCUGACCAGCAACUAGUUGUUGACCCAACUGAAACUGGUUCAAUACUUAGAAUUCUAAAGACCACUCGUGAUGACAGAGGUGAUUAUUCAGUCAUAGCACAAAAUGAACAUGGAAAAGUCUCCACUCAAUGUAAAGUGGAAGUUCUUGAUAAACCUGGUCCACCAUUGAGCAUAGAUGUGGAAGACGUAACUGCAAAAACCUGUAGCUU